AUGUCACGAACACAGUGCAUUGUGUUGACUGUUGUCGUGCUGAUCGUCAAAGCGUUCGGUGUUCUAUCACACGUUCAACAAAUCAAACAGCUGUUUCAGGAUGGACUUUCGAGUGCAGAGCGUGUAAAGUAUUUUGGCAGUGAAAAUGAAAGUGAUUGGCCUUACUACGAGGUGGUGAAUCUUGAGGUGCAUCGUCCGAAUGGGAUGAAGGAUGUGGGAGACUUUAACCUACGCUUCUCCUUUCGGAAUGAUUCCAUUGUGCUACAUCUAAGACCGAACCAAGUGCUAACUGUGCCGACGAUGGUGUAUACAACGGAACAAGAACGUGUGGCGAAAAAGCUUGGAAAGGAUGAUCCGGCUGCUGGCAAGCAUUUUGUGCAUAAUGAUGGAAAUUUCACUGCUGCAAUAUCUACCAAUGGUGACGAUCGAUUCACGGGAAUAUUAUUUCUCACAACAGAACCGGUAGAAAUUCUUCCCUUGGAACAGCAGUCACCAUCUCUACAACUACAUUGUUCUUUCGGAAAGCCACAUUUAGUAAAAGCACUGAAGCUUCCUACAACUUCCCCCGAUGUGUCAUAUGAGCUAGCGCGACGUCGAACACAUAACGAGAUUCAUCUGCUGGGUGACACGCUUGGUCAAAUGAAUUACUCCUCUUCCGAGCUGGAGGAAUUGGAUGCCAGAAAUGGCCGCAAUCGAAGUGCGCCCUCAAGAAGUAGUAAACCUAUGGUGGAACUUGCAGUAUUUUUUGAUGAAGCGGCCUAUAAAACGUUUGGUCCUUACUUCGACUAUAACGAUGCAGCGUUGCGAGACUUUCUGCUGGCGUAUAUUAACGGUAUCCAGGCGCUGUAUCAUCAUCCGUCGCUUGGACAAGGCGUUGAUAUUGCGCUAGUGUACCUGGAGCUGAUGCGCAUCCAGCCCUCCACGAUGCCACACUACAACGGGGAGCGAAACCUACUCCUGGACUCGUUCUGUUCGUAUCAGAACAGCUUAAAUCAGGGCCGCUGGGAUAUGGCAUUGUACCUGUCGGGGUUAGAUUUCUAUGCAGUUGAAAAUGGUCGUCGAAGCGGUGGAACCAUGGGCUUGGCUACGGUUGGUGGAGUGUGUUUAAGCGAGUACUCAUGCGUAAUUGCAGAGUUUGGGGCGCGAAAUGUGUUUGGUAAACCGUAUCCAUCGUCGGGCUUUACAUCCAUUUUCAUCGCGGCUCACGAGAUCGGUCACAACUUGGGAAUGCAUCAUGACUCUGUUGGCAAUAGAUGUCCUAAGGAUGGGUUUGUAAUGUCUCCGUCAAGAGGAACACAAGGAGAAACCACUUGGUCUUCGUGCAGUGCCGAUGUCAUAUCGCAAUUGAAUUGGGCAGGUUGUCUGUUCGAAAAGAAUUCGAAAGUAGCAGCGGAAUAUGAUACUACAAAAUAUUACGACCACCCGGGUCAGGCUUGGACCGCCAAGAAACAGUGUGAGGUUCUACUAACCGAUAAAGAUGCCAUUCUAGCAUCUUCUGAAUUGCCAGCAAUUUGCCAGAAUCUACGGUGCCGUACUCCUCAUCGAACCGGAUUUUAUUUUGCUGGUCCAGCACUUGAAGGCACUGACUGUGGUGAUAGUAAGUGGUGCAAGGGAGGGUCAUGCACAAAGCAGAAGAAAAAACCUACCAACCUUGUACCGGGAGGAUGGAGUGAGUGGAAGGACGAAGAUUGUGUUUCCGGCUGCCUGGAACAAUCGAAAGGAUUUAAGCGACGAACGCGCCACUGUGACAAUCCUGCUCCAGUGAACACUGAUCAAGGUUGUGAAGGUGUAGCACUGGACGUUGCGAUUUGUGACGAUGGAAAGCUAUGCCACGCGAACCGCGAACCGGUUCAGUUCUACGCCAAUCGUCGGUGCCGAGAGUUCAGCCAAUUGCUUCCUCGGCUAGAUUCUGAAGGACGCGGAAUACAAGGACCAUACGACUCGAAACGAUUGUGGAUAAGCUGUGCAAUAUACUGCAAACGGGCCGAUAGCGAUGCAUAUUAUGCGCCACGUUUCGAUCUAAAUGAUUUAGGUGUAGAUUCUUACUUUCCCGACGGAACGUUAUGUCACCGUGAAAAGGGAACGAAUUAUUACUGCCAGCAGCAUCAUUGCUUACCAGAGAACUUUAAAACAUCUAAAAUAUCUAUCUGGACUAUAACCGACGACAUACCGGUCGCUGGAAACGCUUUGCCGAUGGACAUCCAUUUUCUCAACAGUGCAAUAAUAAACUAUCUUUCCUUGGAUAAAAAUAUCACUCCAUUGACCGGUACAUGGACCUUAAAGCCGGAAGAGCUACCGAAUGACGAUCAAUGGGUAGACCAAGAUUAUUUAGAUUUAUCUUACAGUUAUAGAAUACAAUGA